AACAUUCUUUUUAAAACUACCGUCGCUGCCCCACCCGCCGCCUUCCGCUGGUCGACCCAAUCCCGGCGGCGAAGAACUCCAAGCCGUUCACCGCCACCGCGUCCUCCACUGGCUUCAGCAGCCGCGCCAACAGCUCGCAGUCCUCCGCCUCCGGACUCGAGGGCCAGUUCCGGAGCUCCGCCUCGAGGGCGGCGGGUUACCUACAAUUCAUGACUUGAAUCAUGAACUGAGUUGUGGUUUGUACAGGGGACUUCAUCGAAGUCUCGGCGCCGCAAGUAAUUCCAAUUCGUUACGUGCUCGCAGUCCUCUGCUCGUCUUCUCUCCCAUCGAUGAUCUGCUGCUCCUGCUGAUAUCUACCCGUAUCACUGUCUCCGUUCUCAUAACAAGAGACAUGUACGAGAUCCCACAGAACAACCAACAGCCAUUGUUAUCCCCUGAGAACUCCGUUCAUGACUCUCCAAGGCCUCCUCCGAGCGCUUGGCGGCGCUCGGUGCCUCGCCCGAGGGAAACUCGCCCACAGCAAACUGAUCGUCUCAGCUUUCCUUCCCGAUAUCAUCGUUAGCAACCGUGUCAUGAUAAUGUAUACCAAGCUCGGUCGCAUUGGUGAUGCUCGCACGGUGUUCGAUCAUAUGCCCCAUAAGAACGUCGUCUCGUGGACAAUCAUGAUAUCUGCGUAUUCCAGAUUAGGCCUUGCAGAUGAUGCUAUCGAUUCUGUUAGGUUGAUGGUGUCGACAGGUUUGGAUCCGAACCACUACACAUAUGUUGGUCUUCUUUCGGCUUGUGCCAGUGCUGGUUCCGUCAGGAUCGGGAAGGAGAUCCAUGGACGGAUUUAUCGGGUCGAGCUGGGUGCUAUGAGUGUUUUUGUUGAUAAUUCAUUGAUUAAUUUUUAUGCUAAGUGUCGUAUGAUGAUCCUUGCACAAAGGGUAUUUGAUGGCGCUACUCAUCGUAGUUUGGUUUCUUGGGGUUCAAUUCUUUCAGGCUAUGUCCAUUGUGGAGAAAAUGAGAAAGCUUUGAGGGUUUUCUCAUUGGCAAUGAAGGAGGGGGUUGAGGUUAAUGAGUUCAUGAUCACAAGCACCCUGAGCGCCUGUGCUGACCUGGGGGAUCCAUUGAUUGCGAAGAAACUGCAUUGCCUUGCUAUUAAGACUGGAAAUGGAUCUGACCAAUAUGUAGAAGCAGGCAUUGUUGAUAUGUACGCCAACUGCAGCAAGAUGGAUUUGGCUCACCAAACUUUUUCUGAGCUAGAGGAGCCAGGUUUGGCAACUUGGGCUGCACUGAUAGGGGGUUUCACAAAACAUGGUCAAGGGGAGAAAGCUUUGGUUCUCUUUAAAGAAUUGCUCCUUUCUGGGUUGAAACCCAAUGAGCACAUUUUUCCUACUGCACUUGUUGCGUGUUCAAGCACAGGAGCAGUACAAGUAGGGAGGCAGAUCCACUCAUUAAUUGUAAAACAGGGUUUUAAAAUGUCUGCACAUAUUGGUAAUGCAGUAAUGGAAUUCUAUGCUAAAUGUGGAUUGAUCAAGGAAUCCUCCGAACUGUUUGAAUAUAUGGAAGAAAGAGAUAUAGUAUCAUGGAACUCCAUGGUUGACUGUUAUGUCAAACAAAGGGAUUUUGAAGGAGCAAGAAACUGUCUGAAAAAGAUGUUGGUUGAAGGUGUAAAUCCAGAUCCGUACACCUAUUCAAGUAUUUUGAACCUUUGUGCUAAUUUACGAGGGUUAGGGUGGGGAUCUCAGACACACGGUAAGGUAAUUAAGUUUUCACUUGACAGUCAUGUAGUCGUGGGAAGUGCACUCAUUGACAUGUAUGCAAAGUGUGGAAGAUUGAAAUAUGCUGAUAAAAUUUUCAAUAUAUUGGCAUUUAAAAACUUAGUCUCCUGGAAUAGCAUCCUUGUUGGGUAUGCACAACAUGGCUUUGGGAGCGAAGCACUGGACAUAUUUAGAAGGAUGCAAGAGGAAAAUGUCAAACCUAAUGACAUAACAUUCAUCGGAGUUCUAUCUGCUUGUAGUCAUGUGGGUCUAGUGGAAGAAGGUCAGACUCAUUUUCAAAAUAUGAAGGAUUAUGACAUCACUCCAAAGAUUGAUCAUUUUGCAUGCAUGGUGGAUCUAUUUGCCAGAGCUGGUUUGAUAAAAAUGGCUUAUGACUUCAUAAGAAGUAUGCCCGUGGAACCAAAUAAGGUCAUAUGGCGCAGUCUUCUGUCUGGAUGUAAGACGCACGGAGACCUAGAGAUUGGGAUGUAUGCAGCUAAAUGCACUUUAGAGCUCGAUCCCGAAGACAUUGCAGCGCGUGUCAUGUUGUCUGGGGUUUGUGCAGACAUUGGUUUGUGGGAUGAAAAAGCAGGAUUGAGGGAGGUUGUUAAUCAAGGAUCGAAAAAAGUUCCAGGAUCCAGUUGGGUUUAAGUGAACAAUCCUUAUGUUUUACUAAAGGUUCUGUGGUACAUCAUUAUGGUAGUUCAUUAAUGUCUCUUCCGCGAUGUCCAUUUCCUGCAGGGCAUUUGAAAUACUAGAACAAGUCAAAGUUGACUUUGCUAAACAUUUCGGAUCUCAUUUGGUCCUUUUGAAGUCCUGGCUGUGAGUUCUUGCCUAUGGUUCAUACUUCAGUUGCCAAGAUUAGGUCGUUCUGUGAUAGACUGUUAUGUGGUCUGCACAAAUCUUUUCUUUUUUUUUCUUCACAUUCCUUGGUUAUAUAUUUAUCAAUUAUCGCUGAGUUCUUUAGAGAAAUGAAGUCAGCAGAGACCUUGCAUAUGGAAUGGCAUUAAGAGGCCAUGUUAUUUAUCGACCAGGAAAUUUAUCCAUUAGCUCUCCAAAGUUUGAUGCAUUUGUUAUCUGACAAUGCAGUCAUUAAGUGGCUCAUAAAGUUGUCUUUGUUUGGUUGAUCACAAGGCUUUGAUCGAUGUUCUCACUAAUCAGUCACAAGUUUUAUGCAAAUCUAAAAUUUAGAACUAUCAAAUCUGACUUAUGAAGGAGGAGAUGAUUGAAGCGUCGCAGAGUUCAUUUCCUGUUAAAUGCGCCGAUUGAUUUGAGGUUGCUGGUAGCUUGAUGAUGAAUUCUCCACCAGCAAUGGUGCCACUUUCUCUUAUUAAUAGUUUUAAUGGUGCCACUUUCUCUUA